UUUCAAAAAAAACAGCUACUGAUGCAUUUUGUUGCGCUUUCACUUCUCAGCAUAUGGCUUACAAUUUUACCAAUACAAGGGCUCUUCUUCCGAAGAGAACAAAAGAUAACUGUUACUGGUGAGCUGGGGUGCAACAACAAUGUGCACGAUGAAGAUGUCAUUGUGGAGCUCUGGGAGCAUGAUAUUAUAUUCGCGGACGACAAACUAAAUACGACGCAACCAUCUCGUGAUGGAACUGGAUCAUUCGAAGUAAGCGGAUCCGAUAGCGAAUGGGGCUCCAUCGACCCGUAUAUCAUCAUUAAACACCACUGCUAUGAAGGCAAACUUAACAUGGUAAAUAACGAAGCUGAAUUUUGCCGUAUAUUAGAAAUUACGGAGCAGUGA